AGUUACCAGUCACGUUUGACUCCAGUGGCAGUAACUGAGAGAGGAGAGCGAGCAGGAGUCCGCUGCUGCCACCUCAACAUGGAGUAACGAGAGCUCAGCGCUUACUGCUAAGGAGCGGAUCCCAGAGAGAGGAGACCCCGGCGGCCUCUGCUGUAAUUUAUCCCCCGAAGUCCCCGCAAAUGAUUCAGCGGACACUUUUUGCGAAGGCGAAGGAAAGCUCGGCUUUUAUUUGAAAGAUGGCGAACGACUCUCCAGCUAAAAGUCUAGUAGACAUAGACUUGGCUUCAUUGCGGGAUCCAGCUGGGAUAUUCGAGCUGGUGGAGGUAGUUGGAAAUGGCACCUAUGGACAAGUAUACAAGGGACGACAUGUCAAGACUGGACAGCUGGCUGCCAUCAAGGUCAUGGAUGUCACAGAGGAUGAAGAAGAGGAAAUUAAACUGGAGAUCAAUAUGCUGAAGAAGUAUUCCCACCACAGAAACAUAGCCACCUACUAUGGUGCUUUCAUUAAGAAGAGCCCUCCGGGACACGAUGACCAGCUAUGGUUGGUGAUGGAGUUCUGUGGUGCUGGUUCCAUCACAGACCUAGUGAAGAACACAAAGGGGAACCAGCUGAAGGAAGACUGGAUUGCCUACAUCUCCAGAGAGAUCCUCAGAGGUCUCGCCCACUUACACGCCCACCACGUCAUCCACCGUGACAUCAAAGGCCAGAACGUGUUAUUGACGGAGAAUGCUGAAGUUAAACUAGUGGAUUUUGGCGUGAGUGCUCAGCUGGAUCGGACAGUUGGAAGGAGAAACACCUUCAUUGGGACACCUUACUGGAUGGCCCCAGAAGUCAUCGCUUGUGACGAGAACCCAGAUGCAACAUAUGAUUACCGAAGUGAUCUGUGGUCCUGCGGUAUCACGGCUAUUGAAAUGGCUGAAGGAGCGCCCCCUCUUUGCGACAUGCACCCCAUGCGUGCACUCUUCCUCAUUCCAAGAAAUCCUCCUCCUCGGCUGAAAUCUAAAAAAUGGUCCAAAAAGUUCUUCAGUUUCAUCGAGAGCUGCCUCGUGAAGAAUUACACGCAGCGCCCACCAACAGAGCAGCUGCUGAAGCACCCCUUCAUCCGAGACCAGCCCAACGAGCGGCAGGUCCGCAUACAGCUCAAAGACCACAUCGACCGGACGAAGAAAAAGAGGGGCGAGAAAGAUGAGACGGAAUAUGAGUACAGUGGCAGUGAGGAGGAGGAAGAGGAUCCUCCUGAGCAAGAAGGAGAGCCCAGCUCAAUUGUCAACGUGCCAGGUGAAUCUACUCUACGGCGUGACUUCAUCCGCCUGCAGCAGGAGAACAAGGAGAGGUCGGAGGCGCUCCGUCACCAGCAGCUCCUCCAGGAGCAGCAACUCCGGGAGCAAGAGGAGUACAAGCGCCAACUACUGGCAGAGAGGCAGAAACGUAUCGAGCAACAGAAGGAGCAGAGAAGGCGGUUAGAGGAGCAACAGCGACGCGAACGGGAGAUGAGGAGGCAACAGGAGCGCGAGCAGCGUCGUCGCGAGCAAGAAGAAAAGAGGCGUAUGGAGGAGAUGGAUCGUAGACGUAAAGAGGAGGAGGAACGCCGGCAGGACGAGAAGAGAAGGAACGAUCGUGAGCAGGAGUACAUCAGGCGCCAGCUGGAAGAGGAGCAGAGACACCUCGAGAUGCUCCAGGAGCAGCUGCUCCGUGAACAGGCCAUGCUGCUGGCCGACGAGCGCUACCGUAAGAACAUUCAGGGCUCCCCUCAGGCCGCCCCUCCCAAGCAGCCCCCUCUGCCUCCCCGCUCCUCUGAACCGUUCUCCAACGGCGGCUCCUCGUCCGACGCAUCUGCCAUGCACCGACCCAUGGAGCCUCAGGUCCAGUGGUCUCACCUGGCUGCUCUAAAGAGCAGCAACAGCGCUGCCCCCUCUCCUCCUCCUCCGCCCGUGGUUGCCCGCUCUCAGUCCUUCAGCGAGUCCGGCGGUGUGGCCUCUAGCUUUGCACAACUUCACCUGCGCUCCCAGGACCCCCACCAUCACCACCACCACCACCCAUCGCCUGCACGCACAGAUCCCCAACCCCAACCUCCCCUCCACCACCCUCAGGCUAGGCUUGAACAUCAGGCCAGCAGCGAGGAGGUCCCUCCCAAGGUACCAGUGAGGACAACAUCCAGGUCUCCUGUACUGUCACGUAGAGAGUCCCCUCUGCCUUCACAGCCCAGCAAUCAGGGCGGACAGAGGAACGCAGGCAGUAACGUGGAGCAGCGUCCGCUGUGGGAUCGAGUGGAGAAGCUGCAGUCCCGGCCAGGCAGCGGCAGCUCGUCCGGCUCCUCCAACUCCAGCUCCCAGGCCAGUCCUGGGGACCGUUUCAGGCCACGCUGUGAGUCCCCUGCUUCCUCCAAAUCUGAAGGAUCGCCUCUCCAGCGGCCUGAAAACGUUUCCAAGAAACAGGAUGAAAAGAACGUCGCCAGGCCCACUCGACCAGCUGACCUGACAGCGCUCGCCAAGGAGCUGCGCGCAGUCGACGAUGUGCGACCUCCUCACAAGGUCACAGACUACUCCUCCUCCAGUGACGAGUCGGGCACGACCGACGAGGAGGACGAGGAAGAGGUGGACCAGGAGGCAGGAGAAGAGUCCACCUCAGGGGCCGAGGACUCCAAAGCUGGAUAUCCCCAUGGCUUCCGCAGGAGAGUGAGUAACGGCGAGACGGAGUCUGCUAAAACCAUGCUGGUCGAAGACUCGGAAAGCGAACAGGCAACCACACCCUCCAAGGAUGGCACACUGGUCAUCAGACAGAGCACAGCUGACAUAAAGCGGUUGGUCACUCUCUCAUCUUCCUCUCCUUCCUCGGCUGGCCACGGCCAACCCCAACCCCCUGGUCGCGGCCCGCUAGAGAAAAACGGCUUUCCGGGCCGCAUACACCACCUACCAGACCUUAUCCAGCAGAGCCAUCAUUCCACUUCCUCUUCCACAACCAUCCCUUCCUUCUCCUCCUCCUCCUCCUCUUCCACCACCACUACCACCUCCUCCUUACCCUCAUCAUCUAGCCAUGCCAGUCCUGCAGUAUCCCCACAGAUCUCUUUGGACGAGCUCACUGCCAUAGAGUCGCAGUCGGAGAGCAACUCCAUGUCCAAACACAAGUCUUCCUCCUCGUUCACGCCCUUCAUCGACCCGCGUCUGCUGCAGAUAUCUCCAUCCAGCGGGAGCUCCCUCAACAACAUGGCUGGAUUUGGGCAAGACGGGCGCCUGUCAGAUCAGCUGCGGUCCGACCCAUCCCGUAAAGGCUCGGUGGUUAAUGUCAACCCGGUCAACACUCGUCCACCGAGCGACACCCCGGAGAUUCGCAAGUACAAGAAGAGGUUCAACUCUGAGAUCCUGUGUGCGGCACUCUGGGGAGUAAAUCUGCUGGUGGGAACAGAGAGCGGUCUGAUGCUGCUGGACCGAAGCGGUCAGGGUAAGGUCUACCCUCUGAUCAACCGUCGACGCAUCCAGCAGAUGGACGUCCUAGAGGGACUCAACGUCCUGGUGACCAUAUCAGGCAAAAAGAACAAGCUGCGAGUGUAUUACCUGUCAUGGCUUCGAAACAAGAUUUUGCACAAUGACCCUGAGGUGGAGAAGAAGCAGGGGUGGGUCAAUGUGGGCGACCUGGAGGGCUGUGUCCACUACAAAGUUGUGAAGUACGAGAGAAUUAAAUUCUUGGUGCUGGCUUUGAAGAACUCUGUGGAGGUCUACGCGUGGGCGCCCAAACCUUAUCACAAGUUCAUGGCCUUUAAGUCUUUUGGUGACCUGGUGCACAAACCUCUGCUGGUUGACUUGACGGUGGAGGAAGGUCAGAGGUUAAAGGUCAUCUACGGUUCCUGUUCAGGCUUCCACGCUGUGGAUGUGGACUCUGGUGCCGUCUACGACAUCUACCUGCCCACACAUAUCCAAACCAAUAUUCAGUGCCACGCCAUCAUCAUCUUGCCCAACACUGAUGGGAUUGAGCUGCUGGUGUGUUACGAGGACGAGGGCGUCUACGUCAACACCUACGGACGCAUCACCAAAGAUGUGGUGCUGCAGUGGGGAGAAAUGCCAACUUCAGUGGCCUACAUUAGGUCAAACCAGAUCAUGGGCUGGGGUGAGAAGGCUAUAGAGAUCCGCUCAGUGGAGACGGGCCACCUUGACGGAGUCUUCAUGCACAAGAGAGCCCAGAGACUCAAGUUCCUUUGUGAGAGGAAUGACAAGGUCUUCUUUGCCUCUGUGCGUGCCGGAGGUGCCAGCCAAGUAUAUUUCAUGACCCUGGGACGCACAUCCCUCAUGAGCUGGUAGAGACGUGCCGUCAGCCGAUAUGACAACCGUUACCUAAGCAGCGACCAACAGAUGACUAUUGCGACUACGACCGACGAAGACGUUUUAAAGCCCAAGCUGGAGAAGCAUUUUCUGAGGCGGCGGCUUCCAUUUCUCAUGUCCUCGGGCAGCCAAACAACGGAUUAGACUGUAAUCAUGAACAGAAGCUAGGGGUGGAUAUGUAUUUAGAGGCGCCUGCAGGUUUUUCUUCCCCCCGCCAACCCCCGGCCUUGUUGCCUGACCUUCGAGCCGAUCCCCAUUCUCCUCCUCUCCCUCUGAGGAAGCGGGAUCUGUUGCCUGUUGACGGUAUAUCUUAAAGUAAAACUUAAAGUAAAACUUUGCAUCUUGUAAGUGUAUGACAAAAUGUGUUUGUCCAGGGGGAGGGGGCAGAACGCUAAACACAGCCGUCACCGUAUCAGAGAAGACUGUGUGUUUGUGUGUGUGUGUUGCCACAGCUUGAAUGUGUAGCUGUGUUUAAUCCCGGUCCUGUCAGGUGUGUGACUACAACACUACGACUACACUUAGUUCCACAGAUUGAACGGUGCUUGACAUGUAAAUCUUCUUCGUCUUCACUUUUUUUCCCUCUUCCUUAACCUCCUGAAAGUGAAGAUUUUUUUUAAGGGACCUCCUCGACGCAUCCAUUAAAUACAGGGUACUGGAUAUGUUGGAGUUGGUGCAUACUAACGUCGGACUCGCGCAGGUUUUUCAAGAACAGCUUUAUCACGCCUCCUCUUGUGCUGUAGCUCAUGUUGGACAAAAGUAGCCCUUUUUAUGACGGCAUGUUGCUUUGGUGUUAUUAACUAAGGUAGUCCCAGUUUUUGUUUUUUAAACACACUGUAUAUUUUAUAUGUGACUUGCUGCGCAUAAAUAAGGAAUGCAGAAAUACACACAAAAAUGAGUUUUAAAGGAAGAAUCCACUAUUUAUCAUCAAGAGCCUGACCUUUUUGUUUUUUCUUUUUUUCUUCAGGGGCUUUUAUUUUUUUAAUGAAAUCCUGGCUUUUCCUUUUAAUCUGUGUCUCCUUUGCAGAACCUGUCGUUCUACUGGAAAUAUAGAAACACACACCGACAAAAUAGACCCAGAAAUGUGAGGUUUUAAUACAAAUAGUUUUAUGUUUUUAAGGUGGAUUUUUCCUUUAAGAUCAGUUGUAAGUAGGGCUAGCGUAAACUGUGAAUUAGCAGGUUGCCAUUAAGGUAGCAUGGAGGCCAGUGGGCAGAAUGAGGGCAGCAUGUAUAGAUCUCACUUAGAGGAAAGGAGGGAGGGUCAGCAGAUUGUCCUCCACCUGCACUGUUGUGACAUUUUCACAUCUACAAUCAUCUGCGUUCGGAAGGAGACUUCAACUUAAUGUUGCCUUAGAGGAGUUUCCAGCAAUUUAAACAAAAAAAAAAAACUUAAAAAAAACUAAAAUCCACUACUUCAAAAGUGAAGACGUUUAGAUUUUAGGGUAGGAACACUUUAGUCUGAAGCAGCCGUGUGACUCAAUGUUGGACCUCAUUUAUUUUUAUGUUCCUUCUGUUUUUUCUUGACGCAUUCAGGCAUGCCACAUCCAAUCUGGAUUAAAGAGACGCGCUACUUUAACCGAGCUCCCAUAAAAUAAUUUUUAUUUCGUGCUCUUUCUUCCCAUCUCACCGUCGGAAACCCGAACGACAAGGCGAGACUCGUUUGUCACUUCACAUGAGACAGUCUCAUCCCGCCGCUGAGUGUAGAGUCCAUCCUGCAGCUGUGCUUCUGUGUGAAUGACAGAGCUUCAUAAUAGGACUCUUUAAAGGGCGGUGCCUUCGCUGUCUUUAGGGGGAGACCCGCUGUGAGGUGCAGAAGUCGCUUUCAGUCUUGUCGUUUGUGUAGAAAGAAAGAAGGCAAAAACAUAAAUGAAUGAAUCACAUGUUCUGAUGGUGUGAAAAACCGCUCCAGACAGCCAAAACCAUGUGGCAUACUUUUGUGUUUUUAAACUCUGGCUUAGUUUUUAUUAGUGUUGUUUCCAAUCAUGUGUAACCCUUCAGAUAAAUAUGCGACUGCAGUGGUUUUAUUUUAAAUGCACACCUUUUAUGUUCAAAAUGUUUACAGAAGCAGUUGUUUUGUUAAACCGAUGUGCAUCGAUAUGAAUAUUUAUGGUUUCUCCCGCUCCACUGCUCCUCUUUUGUAUUUUGUAUUAACCCUUUUUUUUGUACUUUCAUUUAGAUGUUUGUGUACAGGAUUAAUCAACUUUUGCUCACUUUAUGAAUAACCCAAGCCCAGAGUGUCAAUUUCACUGAUUUCCUUUACAUCCUCCUUAGUGCACUGUGUGCGUGAGUGUGUGCGCUCCUGGCUGUGUGGCAGCACGGAUCUAAUGUUUUCUACCUGCCAGGUGACACGUCCCCCCCCCGGAUGUCUCUCUACAUGCCUCUAAUUUAUGUCCUCUCUGUGUGUACUAUGGGAAUUACUGUAUUUUCUUGAAGGUUUUUUUUCUUUCAUUGAAUAAAAUCAAAAGGAAUUUACA